CCUCAGAGGACCGGCAAGACCAUUAUUCCUGUUAUUUUUACAAUCUUCAUGCUUUACAACCUCUAUUAACAUGCGUGAGUGUAUCUCAGUGCACGUGGGUCAGGCUGGUGUCCAGAUUGGCAAUGCCUGCUGGGAGCUUUACUGCCUGGAACAUGGGAUCCAGCCUGAUGGACAGAUGCCCAGUGACAAGACCAUUGGAGGGGGAGAUGAUUCCUUCAACACGUUCUUCAGUGAGACUGGAGCUGGAAAGCACGUCCCCAGAGCUGUUUUUGUGGACCUGGAGCCCACAGUCAUCGAUGAGGUGCGAACAGGCACCUACCGGCAGCUGUUCCAUCCUGAGCAGCUGAUCACUGGCAAGGAGGAUGCUGCCAAUAACUAUGCCCGUGGACACUACACCAUCGGCAAAGAGAUCAUUGACUUGGUGCUGGACAGGAUCCGCAAACUGUCUGACCAGUGCACUGGUCUUCAGGGAUUCCUGGUUUUCCACAGCUUCGGCGGUGGUACGGGCUCUGGUUUUACAUCCCUGCUGUUGGAGCGUCUCUCUGUUGAUUAUGGCAAGAAGUCCAAGCUGGAGUUCUCCAUCUACCCAGCUCCGCAGGUGUCCACUGCUGUGGUAGAGCCAUACAACGCCAUCCUGACCACCCACACCACUCUAGAGCACUCUGACUGUGCCUUCAUGGUGGAUAACGAGGCCAUCUAUGAUAUCUGUCGCAGGAACCUGGACAUUGAGCGUCCAACCUACACCAACCUCAACAGGCUGAUGAGUCAGAUUGUGUCCUCCAUCACUGCUUCCCUGCGUUUUGAUGGUGCACUUCACGUUGAUCUUACAGAGUUUCAGACCAACUUGGUGCCAUAUCCUCGUAUCCACUUCCCUCUGGCCACCUAUGCCCCUGUCAUCUCUGCUGAGAAGGCCUACCAUGAGCAGUUAACAGUGGCAGAAAUUACCAACGCCUGCUUUGAACCAGCCAAUCAGAUGGUAAAAUGUGACCCUCGCCACGGCAAAUACAUGGCCUGCUGCCUUUUGUACCGUGGUGAUGUGGUGCCCAAAGACGUCAAUGCCGCCAUCGCCACCAUUAAGACCAAGCGCACCAUCCAGUUUGUGGACUGGUGCCCCACUGGUUUCAAGGUUGGCAUCAACUACCAGCCGCCCACUGUAGUUCCUGGUGGAGACCUGGCCAAGGCCCAGAGGGCUGUGUGCAUGCUGAGCAACACCACUGCUAUCGCAGAGGCCUGGGCUCGACUUGACCACAAGUUUGAUCUGAUGUACGCUAAGCGUGCUUUUGUUCACUGGUAUGUAGGUGAGGGUAUGGAGGAGGGAGAGUUCUCUGAGGCCAGGGAGGACAUGGCAGCUUUGGAGAAGGAUUAUGAGGAGGUUGGGCUUGAAUCUGUUGAGGGUGAAGGUGAAGACGAGGGGGAGUAUUAACAGGGAUAAAAGAAUUAUUUGAGGGGGAAACAGUUUGGUGUUCUUAAAUAUAUUCAUAUUUGUCAACUAAAAUAGUAGUUUGGUUACAUUCAGAUUUGAAUUCCUUAAAAUGUAAGUUUCAAUUUUAUAAAGGUUAUUUGUUUCUAUUGAAUGCACUCCAGAGUUUAUUUUGUUUAUUAUUUGUGCAGAAUAAAAAUCCUA